AUGGACGAUCAUAUCCCAGUUUACCUCAACGUCUCUAACCCCCCGCAAGCUUUAACGAAUCCACAUGGCGAUGGCGAAGACAGUUACACCUUCAGUGUUGUCUUUGAGGACACGGAACCUUUCCCCUGCCUUGGCCAAACUUUUACUACUGGAGAUGGCAACUUCAGCUCCAACCCAUCUUCCACAUACAGUUCCCCAGGAUAUGUUGGACUUGGCGAUAGUUUUGAUGCCAUCGGAGACGACCAGUGGUCUCCUUUGUCACCACAUCCUACAGAACUAUGGGCCCCAGACGCAGCACGCCACCUUGUUGUCCCCCACUCUAUUCCAAGGCGAUAUUCAGAAUCGGGAGAAAGCUCGGCUUCUUCGCUCGGGUCUUCAACUGAUAUGUUCCCUGGGCUACGACGGCACGCUUCUGCGUCCUCGCUUGGUAUUCGCCGGAAUGAUCAACCGAUCUCGGAAAUGUUGUCGAACGUCAAGACUCUGUCUUUGGAAGAUAACCCACCCCACCACGGUCCUGCGUCGUCGCCUGUGGCUGCUUCCUCGCCGUAUGGUGGUAAUACAGCCUUCUUAAUUCCAAUACAGACACCGGCAAAUGAUGGUCUGCCUUUUCGGUCACCUGCGUCAUCUGCGCCAUCUUCCCCCAUCUCUCCCAGUUCUUCGCUUGCGCCGCCAGAUGGUAGGGCAGGGAUGGGCAACCUUCCAUCCGUGACUCUUGAGCCCGAUGACGGCGUCAUCUCACUGCCACACGAGUCCAAUGGUGUCGACAAUCUUCAUCAGUCCUCAACUUCUACUCUAUUACAUUCAGAUCCUCCGCGCGGGCGCACAUUAUGGCGAUUCGAUGAUGACUAUCUAACGCCAGGACCCAAUUUCCGCUCCCUAAGUUUGAGCGACAUCGACAAUGACGUCUUCGGUCUGAUGAGGUCUCCAAGUGUUGCUCCUAGUACGCACUCGGAUUGCGGAAUCGAUUUGGCUCGUCUUGAUCUUAACCCUGACGUCGUUACUUCGGGCGUCUUUAGUGACAUUCCGGAGCAGCAGUCUAGUCAUCCUGCAAAAGAUGCUUUACUGCCCCCAAUGCCGUAUCGAGAGCAGGUUGCAUCUGACGCUGUGGCAUGA